GCUGAAAGGAUCAACAUGCAAACAACCCAGGCAGGGGCCCAUUGGACACUGAGCACCCUUGGGCCUGUCUGUCAAGUAGACAUGUUUCAAACUGUUCCUGACACCUCGUCUUACGUUAAGGUAAGACAUCAACGUCUCUUGAAUCAGGAGGCGCUAUCAGUGGUGAGUGAAGACCAGUCCUUAUUUGAGCCUCCAUACGCUGCUGCUGCCCCGCUCUCAAAGACAGACAUGACUGCAUCUGGCACACAGGACUAUGGCCAGACCCACAAAAUCAACCCUUUACCCCCACAGCAAGAGUGGAUCAACCAGCCUGUGCGGGUCAAUGUCAAGAGAGAAUACGAGCACAUGAAUGGAUCCAGCAGGGAGUCUCCUGUGGACUGCAGUGUGGGCAAAUGUAACAAGUUAGUCGGGGCUAAUGACACAUCUCAAAUGACGUAUGGAAGCUAUAUGGAUGAGAAGAAUGCCCCUCCUCCCAACAUGACCACCAAUGAGCGAAGAGUCAUUGUACCUGCAGACCCAUCACUGUGGUCUCAAGACCAUGUGCGCCAGUGGCUGGAGUGGGCCAUCAAGGAGUACGGACUGCUAGAAAUUGACACGUCAAUGUUUCAAAACACAGACGGCAAAGAGCUUUGCAAGAUGAGCAAGGAUGACUUCCUCCGACUUACCACCAUGUACAACGCAGAAGUGCUUCUGUCUCAUCUCAAUUACCUCAGGGAAAGUAGCUCAUCGUUAUCCUACAAUACACCAUCUCACACUGACGCAUCACCGCGUUUGGCUGCCAAAGAAGAUCUUUCAUAUGAUGCUGUAAGGCGGACGGGGUGGUCUAACAACAUGCACAGUGGCAAAGGCUCCCCUGUAGUUCCUCAGAAUGUGACCAAAUCCACUGAGCAGCCCAGAGCUCAGCCAGAUCCUUACCAGAUCCUGGGCCCUACCAGUAGUCGUCUCGCCAACCCAGGCUCAGGUCAAAUCCAACUAUGGCAGUUUCUUCUGGAGCUCUUGUCUGACAGUGCCAAUGCAGGGUGCAUCACUUGGGAAGGGACCAAUGGAGAAUUUAAGAUGACAGAUCCAGAUGAGGUAGCGCGGCGAUGGGGUGAGCGUAAGAGCAAGCCCAACAUGAACUACGACAAGCUGAGCCGUGCGCUGCGCUACUACUAUGACAAAAAUAUCAUGACAAAAGUGCAUGGCAAACGCUAUGCCUACAAGUUCGACUUCCAUGGCAUUGCUCAGGCGCUGCAGCCACACCCUACCGAGUCAUCCAUGUAUAAAUACCCGUCGGACCUAGCCUAUGUGCCUUCCUACCAUGCCCACCAGCAAAAGGUCAACUUUGUAUCCCCUCACCCUCCAUCUAUGCCAGUCACCUCCUCCAAUUUCUUCGGACCCACUGCUCAGUAUUGGAGUUCACCCACUGCAGGCAUCUACCCUAACCCAAAUGUUCCUCGCCACCCUAACACUCAUGUGCCAUCCCAUCUCGGUAGUUACUAUUAGGACAACCCACACUGAUCAAUGACCAACUUCUAAAACCUACCUUCUCCCCCCACCAAAGUUGCUGACCUGCACUCUUUGUAAUGCCAAAGACUGAAUCGAUGGAAACAAUCAUCUUAAGAAAUGCUGUUCCUCAAUAAAGACUAGUUUAUUGAAGGUUUUUUCAUGUAAGAAUCUAUAAAAAAAAACUGGAUACCUUGGUCUAUAAUGGAAUACUACUUAUUAUGACUGUUUGUCAGUUGUUGUUUUUUUUUUUUCUUUAUGCACAUCUAAGUUUCUUGGACGUGUCUUUUCCACUCUCUCUGGAUAACUUCACCUCUAAGCCAAUAAGUGUCCCGAAGCCAAAGGAAUGGUCUUGAACCUGAGUGUGUCAGCCUAUUUUUCAUGCUACCUUAGCCGACAUGGGCCUAUCACUUGGGUCUCAAUCUUGUCCUUCUCAGUACAGUUUGUACACUUUGCUUAAAAAAAUCAGCUUUUGCCGCUUAUCUACUACCUUGUGGGGUUUUUCCACUGUUUUUCUUUCUGCCUUUCUGUUUAUUUGCAUGUUUUGGGGGUUUUGUGUGUCUGUGUGUGUGUGUGAAAGAGAGAGAUGGUUUGUGUACAUAUGUUUCUCCAAUAGACAAGUAGGAGAUCUUGCAAGAGGGACUUUUCUCAGCACUGAAUGAAAUUUGGCGACUGGAACAUGCAUUUCACCGUGCCGCCAUGUAAUUUAUCCUCCAAAACUGGAAGGCUUGAGAGGAGUUAGAUGCCGUAGAAUGAAGCGCUGUAUGUUUCUGCUGAACCUGGGUCAACUCAGUUGCUUAAAGAAUGUUUUCCAUGUAUUUUGUGUGAAGCUGAGAGAGAUAAUGGGUAAUGAGCACACCUUAAACAUAGAGUUAAAUCAAUUGUGUUGUGGAAGAUAAGUCAAGAUUUAUUAGGGGUGAUUUGCAAAUAUAGUUCCUGCCCAGUUCAAAUGUAUAUCUCUAUUUUUGUUUUGUUUUGUUUUUUUCUUUAUUUUUUUGGAAGGCUACAGUACACACUAAGCUAAGUGUUUGCCUUGUUUCUUUCUCUCAGCCAGGCUAUUUUGCUCGACCAUAUCAGUAUUAAUGUGAAUGUCUUCUGGCUUGUGAAUAACACUUAAAAGAAAAGGCCUUUGCCUUAAUCAAAAUAUGUCAGAUGUGUUUUUUUAAGAAAUCUGAUGAUGCAUGUCCACAUAUUGCCAUGAAACAUGAUAGUAAUUUUAGAGUAUGUAGUUCUUUUUCGGGGCUGUGUUAGCCUUCAUUUUAGGGGCUGUUGUUUUUCUGUCCAAAUGGCAUUAAUUCUUCAUCAUGUUUUAAAAAGGUGCUGGAAAACAUAGCAGUAAGUCCUUGCAGAGGUAGGGUUAGGCUCCAACUGCUGAUCCAUAUGAUACCAUCAUUAUCAACUACCAUUGCACAACUAAAUUUCCAAAGAAAAAUAAAUGUUUAUGAAAAAAAUCAACCAUUUUUAUUUAAAGUAUUUUCUAACAAUAGAAUCUGCCAAGUUCUUUCUUGUAUCUCUAGGCCAACCAGUAUGGCACAGGUUGGUGCAGAGAAGCGAUGAAUCAUAUAAUUCUCACUAACAGAAACUAUGUUGGAGUGUUUUUUUCUUCCUUUUUUCUUCCAAGGAUUGAUCUUAGCAUGAGAGCUGCAUGUUUGGUCAUAAUUGUCUCACUGAUCUUUAAGCCUAGCAAAAUGCAAACGAAUCUCAAGUCAGAAUUUCAAACAUUGUCAUGUAAAAGUGCGUCAAAAUUACAACCAUAAUCAUUUUUUCAACUGUCAAUUUCAGAAAUUAUGAAAAAGUCACUGAAAAUAGACACUUGAAAAUCUUUUUUUUUUUUUUCGAGAACAAAAAC